UAUCAGUCACACACGUUAUCGUAUCAGCUACGAUGCUAAAAUUAGACGUACAACGUUUGCCUCAUAAGUGACUGACAUGUAUAGGUCUUUAGAGAGAUCAUAGCAUGAGGUGUACUUACAAUAACGUACAUACUUUACUCAUUGUACAAGCUUAUGGUGAUGUAAUGAAUGAAAUUUAAAAUUCAUUAACGGUGUGCUGACCAUUGCCAAAAAGAUAGAAUUUAAAGUGUUUAAUAAUACAUGUAGAUUUAAUUAAUCUAUUUUCUUUUCAAUCUCGGACAAGGAUAGAAUUAUUCGGGACAAUUGGUGCAUUGGAGCAUUUAGUAUUAUUAUUUAGUAUGUGUAUUUAAACAGCUACUAAAGGUUAAGUAGAGUAGUAAAGUAAUAUAUAUUUAAUACAUUUCGUAUAUCGCUUUACCCAGCUGAUUGUAUACACAGUUAUGAGGCUCAUUGGAUUUAACUUUUGGAAAUGAGGUAUACACAACAUGAUCGUGGCAGCACACCAAAAAUGAGAGAAUAAAUGUGUUAAUGCGAACCACAAGUGCCUCCUUGCUAUAUGGUGAUUCUUAAUGGAACGUAAUUUGCUAUGCAACAAAAGUGCUUUAUUUCUUUCUUUGUAUUACUAUUUUUCAUGGAAGUAGUUGCUCAAGAUGAUUUUUCCGUCCCAAUCAAGUGCUAUUCUUGUUUCGGCAAGGCAGAAAACAGUUCAUGUGCUGACCCUAUUGAUUCUAUGCACAACAACCUCCCUCAAAGCGAAUGUUUGAAUGGAGUGUGUAUGAAAAUGACCAGAUAUGUAAAUCAUGUGCUUAUGAUGGAACGGACAUGUUCUGCCAAGCUCAAUAUUCACAUUAUGCUUGUCGAUGGAGUUUGUCGGAGGGAAAGUUUUGGAAAUGGAUAUUUAUGUAUGUGUGGGAAACAUCUAUGCAACGAAGGAAAUAGUCUAAAUCUUGCCAAUACAUAUGUGUUUUAUCUAUUUUUCUUAAUAUCAGCAAACUGGUUGCUAUGGUUGCGAUGACGCCAAACAGAAGUCUAUAGUAAAUUUAUCUAUGCAAAUUCCUGCAGGGCGCACAUGUCGUUCUAUUUCUAUUCAUCGUCUGCAUGUAACAGAUUUUUCCAUGUGGAAUUCAUUUACCUGUCGAAGUCAUUAAUUUAUACGUCGUUUUCAUUAUAUUUAUCAUGAUUAUUUAUACGAAUGUUUAUUUCGUCUCAAGUUUUUAAGUCCCUUACUAAACUAUUUUACAAUACUCAAAAGUACGUUGUUUUAAACGGAAACGCGAACAUGCACUUGUUUCAUAUGACUGUUUGCACUGUAGAUCAAUAUUACAAAUUUUAAGUGCAUUCAUGUAUAUUAUAUACAAGUGUGUAUCGAACGGUUUUAAUUAUUCGUUGUAAAUGGCAUGCAGAUGCAGUAAUUGAUGAUGACUUGUACUAAAAUGUAUUUAGUCUUGAAGAAUGCAUGUCAUCAUAAUCCAUUUUGCCAAAAUUAACAAACACCAACAAAAAAGUGCAGUUAGUUAGUUACCAAAACGACAUUUGUUUUCUUCAAUACUCAUACUAUUCCGUUGAACAUGCUUUUAUUUCUGGAAAGGCAAAGUAGUUAGAAAUCAGGUUUACUCCGAUAAAGAAGAAGUUUCUUUUUCUAAAAUAUUCUUUUAAUUGAUUAUUAAAAAAUACCAUCUAUAUGAUUGAGUUAUUAAAACAUUUUUUUAUAUCUUAUUUUUACACAUUUAAUAAUAUAUAACACCUGAUCUAUAAUAACCGUAAGCAGCAAAUGGGUGAAUGUUUAGGGGCCCCAACAAGUACACCUAUAGUUCAAUAUGUUUGGGAAAAACAAACAAAAAAUUAUAUUUAAAACUUAGGUUCUUAUUAAAGUAACUACUUAUAUUUUUAAAAACCAAACUUUAAAAAAAAGAACUAUCGGUGAAAUAAAAUUUGAAAAGAGUAUCUUUUGGAAGACUUAUUUAAAACAUGCAAUUCGUAAAUACUGCGACUACAUGUUUUCUUUCGAUUUCUUUCGUUUGGUUUUUUUUU